CACGACCUGAGUUCAAACCAACCAGGAGUCAGAUGCUUAAGAAGUCUGGAACAUCUUUGAGGACCACUAACUGGCCUUGUAUUCAAUCCAAAUUCGGUAACAGAAGCGGAGCUGCAACACCGAACGAAGGCAGAAAAGCUUCCGAAACCUCAGAGGCCAGCGGCGCGGGACCCGCCCCGGCUUCACAGCCACGCCCACGCCCUUGCCCUGGAGGCGGGGCCUCGCUGCCGGAAGCGUCCAGCCGCCCCGCCCUCCCGCUUCCGCCUCGCGGUUGCUAGGCUACCGGGUCCCCAGCGGAAAGCGGUGGCGGGUGAGCGCCGGGAGCGUGUUCUGCGCGGGCUGCGGGGCUGGGCCGCUGUCCCCGCCGUGCAGUGGCCUCUGCCGCUGCGGGCGCCGCGCACACCCUGCUGCGCGAGACGGGCCGGGGAGCGGAGGCCUCGCACCCUUCCUCCCCUCUGCCCUCCUAGGCAAUCUCUACGCCUCCUCUCCGACUCAAGGGAAACUGCGCCUCACCACCUUCCCCGCGACCAGAAAACCCUGAGCCCCUGAAUUCCACUUUCAGGGCUCACGGUCCGGGUCCCCUGACCUUUCUUUUAUCUCCUCCGAGGCCGCUCCGUUGGAAUCCCUCCGUCCCCAUUUCUUUCACUUUCCUGUUGCGUCCUGGUGCUGGGCAUCUCCCUCCUCCGAGAGGGAAGCAUGGCACCCCCGCAAGGGUCCUGGCGCCGCGGGAGGCGGAGGCCGCGGGACUGGCCGCCCUCGCUCACUGCUCAGCUUCUGUGUAAUCAGCUGCCCUUUUGGAAAUUGGGCAGGGGUUGUGGCUGGAUGCCGGUGUCACGGACUCAUCUUCAGCAAACCAUGCGGAAGUAAACAUGUUCCCAGCAUUGGAAACAGAGCUGAAGCAGGAGGUCGGUACACUCCCUCUCCGGGAACUCCUCAGAAAUCCAGUACUGCUAGAUCAGAAGACUUGCCCUGAUCCCUAUGAAGACUUUAUGUACCAUCAUCUUCAAUACUAUGGCUACUUUAAAGCUCAGAGAGGCAGUUUACCAAACUCAGCUUCACACCAGCAUGUUCGGAAGAAUAAUCCUCGAUAUGGGCUGAGUGGCUCUUUUGGAGAAAGAGAAGAUGUGAUACCAGACCCCCUGCAAAAGGAGAAGCUACUAUGGCCCACCUGUGUAUCUUCAGCGGCGCACAGACAGAUAGAAGCUGUGAGCAGAGAUCCCCUUAUGCUUAGUUCACCUCUUAAGAGCAGACAACUUCUUCAUGAUGAAUUUGGUGAAGUAAACCCAUGUCUUCGAGAACCCCGAGAUCUCUUUGCCUUCUUCCCUAGCAGUGGGCCACUGCAGGCACCAAGGUGGCCAAUAGAAUGUGAAGUCAUCAAGGAAAACCUUCAUCAUAUCGAGUGGGUUCCACCUCAACCAGAAUAUUUCUAUCAACCUACAGGAAAUGAAAAGUUGCCAGAAAUUGUGGGAGAAGAAAAAGGCACAGUUGUCUAUCAAUUAGAUUCAGUGCCCACCGAGGGUUCCUAUUUCACCAGUUCCAGAGUGGGAGGCAAACGAGGGAUUAUCAGGGAGCCGGCUGUCACGCUGCAGGGACCCGAGGAUAAUACUCUCCUGUUUGAGUCACGGUUUGAGAGCGGGAAUCUGCAAAAAGCUGUCAGAGUAGAUACCUAUGAGUAUGAACUCACCUUGCGAACUGACCUCUACACAAACAAACACACUCAGUGGUUUUAUUUUCGUGUUCAGAACACUAGAAAAGAUACUACCUACCGCUUCACCAUUGUCAACUUGCUAAAACCCAAGAGCCUUUAUACUGUAGGGAUGAAGCCACUCAUGUACUCCCAGCUGGAUGCCAACACCCACAACGUUGGCUGGAGGCGAGAAGGAAAUGAAAUCAGGUACUAUAAGAACAACACAGAUGAUGGACAGCAGCCCUUUUACUGUCUCACGUGGACCAUUCAGUUUCCACACGACCAGGACACUUGCUUCUUCGCACACUUCUACCCCUAUACGUACACUGACUUGCAAUGCUACCUGCUGUCAGUGGCGAACAACCCGGUGCAAUCUCAGUUCUGCAAGCUUCGAACGUUAUGCAGGAGCCUCGCUGGGAACACCGUCUACCUGCUCACCAUCACCAACCCAUCCCGGACCCCUCGAGAGGCAGCUGCAAAGAAAGCUGUGGUCUUGAGCGCCAGAGUCCACCCUGGAGAAAGUAAUGGCUCUUGGAUCAUGAAAGGCUUUUUGGACUUCAUCCUUAGCAACUCCCCAGAUGCCCAGCUCCUCAGGGAUAUCUUUGUCUUCAAAGUAGUUCCUAUGUUAAAUCCAGAUGGAGUGAUUGUGGGGAAUUACCGGUGUUCGCUGGCCGGAAGGGACCUGAACAGGCAUUACAAAACCAUUCUGAAGGAGUCUUUCCCUUGCAUCUGGUACACCAGGAACAUGGUCAAAAGACUUCUGGAAGAAAGGGAGGUUCUCUUGUACUGUGAUUUCCAUGGCCACAGCCGUAAGAAUAAUAUCUUCUUGUAUGGCUGUAAAAACAACGAUCGCAAGUACUGGCUUCAUGAGCGCGUCUUUCCUUUAAUGUUAAGCAAAAACGCACCAGAUAAGUUCUCUUUUCAGAGUUGUAACUUUAAGGUGCAAAAGUGCAAGGAAGGAACAGGCCGAGUUGUGAUGUGGCGCAUGGGGAUCCUGAAUAGCUACACCAUGGAAUCUACCUUUGGGGGGUCCACCCUGGGUAAUAAAAGAGAUACUCACUUUACCAUUGAGGAUCUAAAGUCUCUAGGUUAUCAUGUUUGUGACACUCUUCUGGAUUUCUGUGAUCCUGACCGAACCAAGUUCAUGCAGUGUCUAGCAGAGCUUAAAGAGCUCUUAAAACAGGAGAUCCAUAAGAAAUUCGAUGAACUUGGACAAGAUAUGGAUUUAGAAGGAAAUUGGAGUGACAUCUCUUUGUCUGACAUUGAAUCCAGCACCAGUGGUUCUGACAGUUCCCUCUCAGAUGGUCUCCCUGUUCACCUACUGAGCAUGGCAGAUGAGGUGAAUCAAAAGAAGAAGAUGUAUAAGAAGAAGAAAAAGAAGCCACUUCAGACUAGGAAACAGCGAAAUGAACAGUAUCAGAAAAAUAAUUUGAUGCGGGAGUUAAAGUUAAUAGAAGAUGCCCCGGAAAGGGCAGGGUUUGCUUCUGCUCUGCAAAAACAGCCUACCUUUUUCAGAAAUUCAGAGAACGCCAGUUCUUCCAUGAUGCGAAAUGAAAAACCAAGGUUGAAUGAGUCACAGCUACGUGGAAGAGACAAGGGCACCUCCCUGGACCCAUCAAAAAUGACCUCCUUGAUUCUGACGAAGAAUAGAGAGGGAAUGCAGAUACAGAAGCCGAGAUUCACAGUGUCGUGCUGUCCAAAGAGAAGCACAAACUCCAGCCAAGAGCCAGCUCCAGAUAUGAAGCCACUCUGGCCCAGGAACAGAUAUCCUGCCACAAAGAGAAGUCGCGCCACCAUGACAGUGUACCCAUCCUUGCACAUAUACACAUACCCCUAGGGUGCCUUGGCCAUGCCACACAGGUGCUUCCUUGGCCUGUUUUGGGUUAGAUACAUUUUGUAAUGAGAGGAGUUCUAUGAUUGGGAGCUACAUUGACGCGAGACAUACUGUGUUGUGUGUUCAUCGCACGCUGACCUUAUGCUAUGUGCUUACAUUGUGUGCAUGCCCUUAGGAUGCAUAUCUCAUGAAUUAGAUUGCUCUUUUCACAAAGUAAAAUUUUAUAAUGGUUAUAGAAAAGCUUCCUUUAUCAGAAAUUGAAGUGUGUGCUCAUGAACCUACAGCACAGAUAUACCUCAUUUUAACCAAUAAAUAUUCUCUCUAAAAUUAGUGCAAAUCAAUUUUAAGAGCUCAAAUUCCACUCUAAACAUAAUAUGGGAGUGUGCUACGUUACAAAAGCAGUCUCGUGUCAAAGCUUUCUAGCAACAAAAUGGCUAGUCAAUGAUUUAUCAGGUUUGCUGGUGCUGAGGAUUACCACGUAGAGAAAACAAUACAUGUAUUAGCUGGAAUUCAGGAUUACAUAUAUUAUGUUCAACACAGUUACAUACAUUUUUAACCCAUUGAUUAAAAUUCUGUCUCAAUAGCCAGUUGCUUCCUUUGAUUGGUUAAUCUUGUAACUUUAAGUGAACAGGUACUUUAUAUUUUUAGAUCUCUCGCAAGCAUCAAGUGUAGCCUGCUGGCAGCAGCCUUUUACAUCAACAUGCUGGAGUCAUGUUGAGGAAAGGUCACUCUAGCUCAUCCCAGGUCUCCUGUUUUGACUUUCCCCUCUUCCUAUCACAUUGGAUUGAAAGUUUCCUGUUUCAUGUGUUUUUUAUGACCACUUGUAAACUCCUUCAGCCACCAAUCACCUGGAUGACUAAUAAUCAGAACCACAAAUUUUAUUACAAUUCCAGUGUCUGUGCUAUUUUGUGUGUGUUUAUAAUUAAUAGGUUUUAUUUUGAGAACAGUUUAGAUUUACCGAGAACUUGAGGGGACAGUACUGAGAGUUCCUAUAUACUGCCCACCUCACUCCCCUCCUUACACACUGUGUGUCUUUUUAAGGGGAAUAUCUGCCCGAGUUCCUUUUCAGUUGUUUGGUUUGAUUUCUAAUUUGGAACGCUUCACAAAUUUUCAUGUCUUCCUUGCACAGGGGGCCAUGCCAAAUCCUCUCAGUAUCUGUACCCACGUUAGUAUUUGUGCUGCCAAUGUGAGCAUCUGCCCUCCUAUUCCAUACCUUACUCACACCCUAAAACCUAAAGUCACAGCUUAAAACUCAGCAUUUUAAGUAGAGAGCACACAGCUAAAACCUCACCUUUUGUCCCUAAGAGGAUAUCUUUCAAGGACAAAUUCCCAAACAGUUAUAAACUGCUGAGGGCAAACCUUUGUUUGAAAGUUGUUCAGAAAAAAAAGAAAGAAAAGAAAGUUCAGAAAUACUGUCUUUUUUUUUUCUUUUUUUGUUUCAAGUAAUUUUGGAGAAAGUUUAUACAAAGCACCCCAGUGUGAUGAUAUUUUUGGAAUAAAAAAAUCAUAUAUGGGGCCACCUGGGUGGUUCAGUCAGUUAAGCAUCUGACUCUUGAUUUCAGCUCAGGUCAUGAUCUCAGGGUGUUUGGGAUUGAGCCCCACAUCCAUGUCCAUGCUCAGCAGAGUCUACUUGUCCC